AUGGCCGCCGCGUGCGCGGGCAGCGCGUGCAUGACCGCGACGUGCGGAUGCCUCGGGCACGUGGGCGACGCCGUCGCGAAAACGUCCGCGCGGGCGCUCUACGUCGUCAUGUUUGCAAUUUCUACCGCGCUCGCGUUCGUCAUGCGCGACUGCGCGCAGCCGCUGUUGAAGCGAAUACCGUGGAUCGCGCGGCUCGCGACGAUGAAUUACGCGGUGUACCGAAUCUCCCUCGGGAACUUCAUCUUCUUCGGCGCGAUGGCGUGCGCGCUCGUCGGCGUGAAGCGCCGCUCGGACGCGCGCGACGUCCACCUGCAUCACGGCUCCUGGGUCCUCAAAUUCACCGCGUGGGCGCUGUGCAACGUCCUCCCGUUCUUCGCGUCGAACGGCGUCGUGGGCGCGUACACGUGGGUCGCGCGCGUCGCGUCCGGCGUGUUUCUCGUCGUGCAGAUGAUCAUCUUGUUGGAUUUCGCGUUUUUCUGGAACGAGAGUUGGGUCGCGAGACAACACGCGGGAUGGCUGGUCGGGCUGCUCGUCUCCACGAUCGUCCUGUACGCGGAGAGCGUCGCGGUGGUCGUGAUGGCGUUUCGGUGGUUCUCCCCGCGCGGGGUGGACUGCGGCUCGAACGAUUGGAUGAUCGGGAGCGCGUGCGCGUUGUGUCUGGCGUUUUCGCUCGCGUGCGUGCACCCGGGCGUGAAGGCGCGUUCUCGAGUAGUCACACUGGACGGGAGCUUGCUGCCGUCGGCGGUUGUCACGUCGUACUGCACGUACCUGCUCUACAGCGCGCUCGCGUCCGAACCGAGCGAGUACGAGUGUAACCCGCGCGGGAGCGAGACCGGCGCCGGCGCGGGUUCGCGCGGCGGCGUCGCGGAGAUUGCGAGCACGGCGCUCACGUUGGCGUCGGUGGCUUACGGGGCGCUGCGGGCGGGGAGCGCGGAUUUUUUCGGCGGCGUCGACGGCGACGGCGACGACGGCGACGGCGACGGCGGCGUCGACGCGAGCGCGUUACUCGGCGGCGGAGGCGACGGAGGCGGGAGCGACAGCGACGACGAGGAGAACGGUGGCGUCGGCGCGCGCGGGAAGGCGUCGUACCCGUCCGGCCCGGUGUCCUACAACUACGCGUUCUUCCACUUCAUCUUCGCGUUGGCGUCGGCGUAUCUCGCGAUGUUGAUGACGGGUUGGGGCGAUCGCGCGUUCGAGGACGGCGGAGCGCCCGUGGACGUCGGGUGGGCGAGCGUGUACGUCAAGUACGCGUCGUUGUGGGUCACCGGGUUGCUGUACACGUGGAGUUUAGUCGCGCCCGCGGUGAUGCCAGACCGGGACUGGGACUGA